UCGAGAGACAGAGAAGGCAGAGCGUGCAGCGGCUGUUCCAGACGCUACUUUCCGAAGACGGCGAACGGCGCGCAGCCAGAGGGCAGAAGGAAUUCGCUCGCUCGCCGGCAGCGGAAGCCAAGCCGAGAUCCGCUCAAUCGCUCCCUCUCCCUUCCCCGCCUUCUCACAGGAGAUAUUUUUCGGCUCCUUUCGCGCCAGAGAGGACGCGCGCUCUGCACGUGCUCAGAGAGACGCUCGUCACGUGCUCCCGGCCAAAACAGGAGGCGGCGGUUGUGCAUUUUCGCCCCCUUCGGCAGGCGGAGCGAGGAGGAUAGCCAGAAGGACGGGCGCGCGCAGGCAGGCAGGCAGGCAGAGACGCGACCAGCCAGGAAGGGGUUGUGACUGGCCCAGCCCAGUUGCAGCUCGAGGCGGAUCGUAGCGGGGAGGAGGAGGAGGAGGGAGGCGGCCUGACUCGUUCGCCUUUGGCGGCUCGGUACGGCUGGGCUGCGAUUGCCCUCGCCCGGCCCGCGCAUACCUCCUCCCGACCCGGCGACGCCCAUUCUGCGCUCGGUCCGGAUGUGCAACAGUUUCCCCGAAGUUGCGCCCGAAGCUAGCAGGCGGACGCUCGGGGGGUUCUUGAGCGAAAGGGUGGAAGGACGAGAGCAGACAGGCUGGUAGGCAGCUCGCCCCGCGUGAAGAGCCGGAGAGGGCAUCCAUCCUUCCGCCGUGCAGACAGGAGAUGCUCGGAGACGCCGUCCUUUCUGUCCUCUCGGCGCUGCGGCUGCUCGGGUUAGCCUCUCUCUCUGGGCAGGAGCCGAGGAUGUCCUCCUGAAGGCCGGGAGAGAGAGAAAGGAAGAGUGGGCUUUGCUCCAGUAUGGGCGCCAAACAGACCAAGGGUUGCUCGCUGCCCGGCUCCGCCGGUAGCGGUAGUAGCAGCAGCAGCAGCCCCCAGGGUCCCCUCUCCGCCAGUCGCCGACGGAUUUUGCCUUCUCGGGAGCGCGGAAACUUCUUGGCGUCCCUCGUAGUACGGUCGAGUGAAAAGUUUGGCAAAGGGGCUGGCGGCAGCGGCGGCAGCCUCCCCCCGUACCAUCGCCGGAUCGUCCUGAUCCAAGAUAUGCUGAGGAUGGUGAAACAAGGCAGGCACGAGGAGGCAACUGAUCUGCUGAAGUACCUGCGCCAGGAUUUGGGAAUGGAAUCAACUUCACUGGAUGAUGUCUUAUAUCGCUAUGCCAGCUUCAGAAACCUUGUUGAUCCAAUCACCCAUGACCUGAUCAUCAGCCUUGCCAGAUACAUCCACUGCCCUAAACCAGAAGGGGAUUCAUUGGGGGCUAUGGAGAAGCUCUGCAGGCAGCUGACAUACCAUCUGAGCCCCCACUCUCAGUGGCGACGCCAGGGCAUGGUGAAGAGGAAGCCACAGGCUUGUUUGAAAACAAUCUUGGUGGGGAAUCCUCUGGACAACACAGUGGACUUGUCUGGCAUCCCUUUGACUAUGAAGGAGUUAGAUCGGCUUAUCUCAUACCUCCAGCACAGCUCUGAGUAUGUUGAAAAUGUGGAGCUUUGCUUCACGGAGCUGACAGAUGAGAUGUUCCUCCAGCUUUUGCCAGUUCUCUGUGCCCUACCUUGUCUCACAACUCUUUCCCUUAAUGGCAACAGGCUUACAAAGGCCAUCCUCCGGGACCUGACUGAAGCUUUGAAGGAUACCAGAAACUUCCCCAGCAUGACUUGGAUUGAUCUGGGCAAUAAUGUGGACAUAUUCUCUCUGCCACAGCCCUUUCUGGUUAGCCUUAAGAAACGAAGCCCUACCCAAAGCAAUCUCCCAACUAUUCUUGAAUUUGGUGAAGGUCAGGUAAGUGACCUUGAGAGCCAAGAAGGUCUUUCGUCACAGGAUGAAGACCAAAGUGAUGGUGGCUUGGAAGACACUAAAACCAGGCAGGUAUGGACAGGUGAAGCUAUUGAAGUUAAGCUGCUGCCAAAUCAACCUACAAAUCAAGAACAGAUUUCUACUGGUUUGUGUCAGACAUGAAACAGUGGCCUCUCAUUUGCCUAGGAUGUGCCAAAUGGAUCCUUUAUAACCAAAGGAUCUUGGCCAGUUUAUGCUAAUGAAGCUCUCUUCUGAUAAAAAUUUGCAGGACCAAAAAGGGGAGGCCAAAUUACAGUUUGCUGCAAUUCACAUAUUAAUGAUUUGCUAAAAUUUUUACCAUUAUAUAGAAUUAUACUGGAAGGGAUUAUUUACGCUAAAGUCUAAUUACUUGCUCAGUGCAGCAUCCAAAUCAAUGCAUCCCUUUAAUUCCUGAAACCUUGUAGUUAUCAAAGGGAUGAUUGCUAGUUGACUGUUCAGUCGAAGGUAUAAGAAACACAAAACAAUGCAAUGCUGCUAUUGAGCCUGUUUUUUUUUUUAAGGUUAAAUACUUUUAGUUAAAUACACUAAUCAGAAUUUUCACAUUAGGUACAUAAACAAUUCUGUACUCAGUACUGAGCUUUUACUUUCCAAAUGAAUUAUUUUGAAUAAAAACUUAGGUGGGAAACAUGCUUGGGUAGAAAAAAUUUAAUCCCAUGGAUUAAAACAGGAACAUGUUAAUCAACUCAUCAAAACAAGUCUGAAUGUCUCACUGAAUAAUCACUGCCAAGAUGAUAACCAUCACUACUGUACCUUCUGCAUUUCAUUCUCUCCCAAUUUAUUGUCUCCUGUCCCAAAUAAGCCAUGGAUGUGUACCUAUCUCAGGUUAUGCCAUGAAUCUAAUGAAUUUGGCUGUAAUCCAUGAGUUUUAUUUGUAAAGUCUUAAGGUGCUACAAGAUUGCUGAGCUUCAAAUGUAAUUUUAUAAAUCAAAGCAGUGUGAGACAGCAGGGCUGAAAAACUUGGACCUUCUGAACUCCUACUGCCUCUAUAACAAAAUAAAAUUUAAAUACCACAAGAGAAGACACUAUGCAUUGGUAGAUGACACAGUAGGUUGCAUUGGUUAAUAAAGCAAACAAGUCAGUAUGAAUGAAAAAAAUCCCCAUUCUCUUGCUUAACGUGUGUGAAUUGGUGGUACUUAAAAACAUGUGCCUUCCUGGUGGGGAGGGGGUGCCUUUUCUAGUUAGCAAGACCUUGCUCUAGGCACCAGGGGAUGAAAUGUGGGUGAUGGCAGCCCCAGGUAUUUGUUGCAAGCCGCUCUAAUUACUUUGUGGAAAAAGUGCAGCUUUCAGUUACUCUGGAUUUCAUCACUGUGGCACAGAAGAGACAGUAGAAUCAAUUCAGCUCUAUAGUGUCUAUUUCCUAAUGUUCUUAGGUACCUGGACUACAUACUUAGAGGAGCUCAAGCCACCAACCAAUCCUUUGCAGCACUUGACUGUCAUGAAGUAAAUGUGGGCUUUUGUCAUUUUUCUGAGCUACCCCAUGAAGAAUCUUGCCCAAAUUAACUAUCAUGCCAAUCUCGUGUGAGCUUUCAAUGCUAUAGUUUUGGCACAUCAAAGCAUUUCGUCCUGGCAGGUUUGAGGAGCACCCUAACACCUUUCAGAGUGGGCUCAGAUUAGCAAUUGCUAGGACUAAUCUGCUUUAGGGAUGAGGUGUAGACCUGACCAAUUUUCAGGAUCAAUGUUUUACCCUAAAAUCCCAUUGCUAUUGUGCCCAUUUUUGACUACUUGCAUGUUUUCAGUAGUGUCAGUCUGGUACUUCAUAGAAAUCAGCAGCUCCAUAUUGUCCUUGUUUGCAUGUAGUCCGUCUUUUCUAUGCUUUGUCAAGAAAUAAAAACUUGUUUGGAAGGUGUCUUGUUUCUCCUAGUAAAUGGGGAGCUAAAUCUUGUGCAGCUGCUGAAUGGAGCUGGGCAGUCAUUACACUGAAUUAUACAGGGAGGGUGGGUAGUGAGCAUCACCACUCCUAAAGUGUGAAGUUAUGCUCACAUCAUUCCAAUCCCAUUAAUCCAAAACACAAUAUGGAGGCUUAGUUAAAGUUUGGUUUUUUUGUAAUUUAUAUCACAUGAACAGUCUGAAUGUUCAAAAUAAAAUAAAAGUAACAUUUUAUUUUUAUAUCCCUCAACUGCAAUGAUUAGGAAACUAGGGACAUGCAUAAAUCAACUCAAAAUCUGCAACUGGAACCAAUUCCUCCUUCUAUGGAGUUGGUCUAAUAGCACAAAAGACUUUUGCCCCCAUAGGAAACUAGCCCAAUUCACAAUUCCACAGAAAAAUUAAGAGAAUAGACAUUAUCCAAUGCAUCUGUUAAUGAAACAAUGAUUUAUUAAGACAGGCAAUUGCUUAAGUGUUAUUUGCUUUUAUAAAGAGCAUUCAGGAAACACAUACAUCUUCCAGGGAGGCUUCCUUCAAGCCACAAUUAUAACAUUGAUAAGCAUAAUGGCAGAAGAGAUGCCAUAAUCUGCAUGAAUUUCCAGUAUUGGAUACAAAAUUGACAGAAGCAAAACCGAAUGGUGGCAUCAUCAAACUUAAACUCUGCCAUUUCUUUAGCUCAUUGUUGAAGCUUAGCUGCAGUGUAGUCUUAUUUCACAAUUUAAAUGCUAUGAAUAAAAAUUGUAAAUGUGCAGAGCCUUAAUUGCUUGAAUUAAUGUUAACAGUUCACCUGCUGUUAUUUUUCCAUGUAACUUCAAUAAGCAUUUUAUCUACAGGCUUAAGUAAAAAAAAUCUUAAAAGGCUGCAGAAAAGUAAUGGAAACUGUUAACAUCUGGAACAUACCAGUUUCACUUUUAGGCACAUCUGCAUAAUGAUCAGCUUUCCUUCCCUUGUCACUUCGUGGCUGAACUAAUGCCACUCAUUUUUCAUAUAGCCACCUAGAACUUUCAGUUAAAGCCAGCAUUCCAUAGGUGUGGGGCGCAUUUAAUUUAAGACACCCUAACCAUACUACAUUCAAUUGAAAGUGCUAUUACCUCCAAAGUCCUAGAUUUAUUUUAUUUAUUUUUAAAAUUUAUAAGCUGCCCCACUCCUGGAGGACUCUGGGUGGCUAACAAUAAAAA